AUGAAAGAUGGCGGAUCCAAUAUGGCCGCCAAAAAGGUAAUGUCAUAGUAUAGCGGCCUCAUAGGUAGUUACAACACCUGAGUCAAACUAGUAUCCAGUUGUCAUCUAGAACUAUCAUUUAACAGUUUUUUCAAACAAUUCAUCGUUAUUACUUUAGUUAAUAUCGACCCUCUGGUUCAAAGGGCUACUUUUUCAUGUUACCAUGGCAACAAACACCAGAAUUCGUCUAAUUUUGCUACAAAAGCCUCGAAAAUCACUUGCAAAACAGUGGUACCAUUCAAUCAUCUAAACGUGUCCCCCAAAAAUGUGUAAAAACAUAAGGAAAAACGUAUGUAUGUACAUUUAUUUGACAUUGUAGAAAGCCGAGUGACGUCAUUUCAUCACGUGAUAAACCCUAUAAAACUACUCAUUUGACGUGGUUAUCAUACAUUAAAAUAAACUAGAGGAGUCAUAGUUUUUAAAAAUAUAAGCCACUCUUUGUCCCUCUUUUUGGUACCAAAUCAUCAAAUUUGAGGUCCUGCCCCUUGGACUAUACGCCUUAACGAACUGUUGCAACAGCUAGCUGGUAAGCUGAACAGCAACGAAUCCUUUGACUACCAGCAAGGAUUUCAAGUGGAUGUGGUUUUUGUCAAACGUCCACGACCAGGCAGUGGCAGAGGAAAAAAGAGAAAUGUCGGAAGAAAGUGUAUGGACAAUGAAAACAAGAAAAAAAGAUGUAUCAUUGCCAUCCAAAACGAUGAAGAUCUCUGCUGUGGGCGUGCUAUCGUGACCAUGAGAGAGCACUGCAAUAAAGAGGACUCCAAUGAUGCUUUUCACAAUUUUCAUAACAUGCGACGGGGUAGAGUUAUUCAAGAACACGCGGCCAUCGAACUGCACAGACUGGCUGGCGUGGAUAGGGGACCCUGUGGCUUGGAAGAAUUGGAGAAAUUUCAACAGUAUUUACAGCCUACCUAUCAAUUGCUGGUGAUGUGUCGCACCAAACCAUUUUUUCUGAUUUUCAAGGGACCGCCUGCCCCCAAGCAAAUCAAACUCAUUAAGUCUCACACCCAUUACGAUGGUUGUACUUCCUUCCCAGCUUUCGUGAACAAGUCCUAUUGGUGUACCUUAUGCGAAAAGGGGUUUGAUCAUGAUGAUGCUAAACAUCACCCUUGUGAAGGCCGUUCCUGUCACUCUUGUAACAGAAAGGAUUGCCCAGACUACGACCGCACCAAUCGUAACCUGCCCAUCAUUUGCAAUUUUUGUCAUUGUCGAUUUUAUGGCAAUAACUGUUUUGAUUAUCACCGCCAAAAGAAUCUUUGUCAAAAACACAGAACAUGUCUUAAGUGUCAUGGGGAAUACAAUGAGGUGAAAGGAAAAAGACAUACCUGCGGAUUUGCUGCCUCCCCCAGUUGUAAAGAGAUGGUCGACAUUCAUAUUCACAAGUGUUUUAUUCAGCCUCAUGUAGGGGAGCCUGAAGAGGAAAAAGUGGAUGAUGACGAUAGUCAAGGCAAGAAAAAAACCCUCCCUCCCCCGCUGUUCGUCUAUGCUGACAUCGAGGCCAUGCAGCUACCCGACAGGCAGUUUGAGCCUAACAUGCUUUGUUAUCGCACCCAUGAAAGUGUCAAUAUUGUGACCCACAAAGGCAAAGACUGUGUAAACACGUUUUUACACGAUUUGGAUGAUGCCACAGAGAUUCCCGAUGACGACCGUGAAAGAACCAUCAUUACCAUUUUCCAUAACCUGAAAGGAUUCGAUGGCAUGUUCAUCAUUGAUGAAAUGUAUCAACAGCAAAGAAGCAUUGAAAAUCAAUUGACCGUGGGCAGCAAAGUUUUGUCCUUUGAAAGUGGACCCCUGAUUUUCAAGGACUCUCUCUGUUUUCUGCCGAUGCCGUUGGCCUCGUUUCCAGCCGCCUUCAAUGUAACGGAACUGAAAAAAGGUUUCUCUCCUCAUGAGUUCAAUUUACCCCAGCACCAGUCCUAUGUGGGCCAAAUUCCUGCCCUUGAAUUUUUCGACCCAGAUGGCAUGAGUGAGAAAAAGAAAAAAGAAUUGGAAGAAUGGCAUGAGGAGCAAGUGAGGCGUGGAUUGCAAUAUGACUUUGUUAAAGAAAUGGAGGAAUAUUGUAAAUCGGACGUGGUGUUGUUACAAGCAGGGUAUGAAGCUUUCACCAAAGAAUUUGAACGUCACGCUGACUUCAACCCCUUUGCUAAAUGUGUGACCAUCGCCAGUGCCUGUAAUCUCUAUUGGCGGAAACACUGCCUUCAAGAAAACACCAUCGCUGUGGAACCUCUCAAAGGAUGGCGCGGGGCCAAUGUGAAUCAAUCUGUCAAGGCCUUACAGUGGCUGUAUUUCAAAGAACAAGGUCUUGCCAAGCCGGAUGCCAGUCCAGACAGAAUAAGACAUGUCAGAAACGGGGGUGAGCAGAGUGUGACGUGCGUGGAGGGCCGCUACUUCGUGGACGGAUAUGAUCCCCAAUCCAAUACGGUGUACGAGUUUCAUGGCUGUUUUUGGCACGGGUGUCCUCGCUGCCAUCCCGGAAAUCGCCACGCAAGACAUGCCGCCAAUCCAGACCGAACGAUGGAGGAGUUAUGA